AUGGCAGACAAAGAACGGCACGACGGUGUGAAACUUGAGAAUAAUGAGUCGCUAAGGGACCUAGGGGUAAACGUGCUUUCCCAGAGUAGUUUGGAGGAAAGAAUAGCUAAUGAUGUAACCAAUUUUAGUAAUCUACAAACGCUACAACAAGAGGAAGCCCGUUUAGAACGUAGUCAGACCGCUUUACAACGAUAUGUGAAAAAGAAGAAUCUUCUCACAAGGAAGUUGAACAAUGCCACAAGGAUAUCAGUUAAGAAAACCCUAAGAAACCAGAUUAAAGACUUACAAUCUGAUGAUAUUGAACGGGUCCUGAAAGACAUAGAAGAGAUUCAAUCAAGGAUCAGAGAGUUGCAAGUGCAAAUAAGUCAAGGGAGUGAAAAGAAAACCUCUGAGGAGGGAUCACAAAGGCCUGGAGAAAGUGAGAAGGAGUUUCUGAUUAGAACUGGUAAGAUCACUGCAUUUGGACACAAGGCUGGUUUCAGUUUGGAUACUGCAAACACAGAUUAUGCAGAUGAUGAGGAACAGAAGGAAAAAGAUUUCGAAGUGGCAACAGAGCAAAUGGUAGAGAACUUAACAGAUGAAGAUGAUAACAUCAGCGAUCAAGAAUUUCGAAUGAGUAGUAUGGAAAGUCAGGAGAGUGAGGAAGAAGAACACAACGAGGAUGAAAUUUCUGAAGAUUUGGAAGAUUUGGAAUUCAAGGACCAACCUGGUGAAGCCAAGGAUGAUGGUGAUGAGUUGUAUUAUCAAGCAAGAUUAAAAAGGUGGAUUAAACGGCGUUCUGCCGAUAGGCAGAAGACAUCAGAUUUGCCAGAAUGGCGAAGGCCUCAUCCUGAUAUUCCUGAUGCAAAGCUUAAUAACGAAUUUAGAAUACCUGGUGAAAUUUAUUCACUGUUGUUUAAUUAUCAAAAGACAUGUGUGCAGUGGCUCUAUGAGCUUUACCAACAAAAUUGCGGCGGCAUUAUUGGUGACGAAAUGGGCCUAGGAAAGACGAUUCAAAUUAUUGCAUUCAUUGCAGCUUUGCAUCAUUCAGGUUUAUUGACAGGCCCCGUUUUAAUUGUCUGUCCCGCAACUGUGAUGAAACAGUGGUGUAAUGAGUUACAUCAUUGGUGGCCCCCGCUGAGAACAAUAAUAUUGCACUCUAUGGGCUCAGGAAUGGCUUCUAAUCAAAAAUCAAAAAUGAAUGAGAAUGACUUAGAACGUUUGAUUAUGAAUUCGAAACCGACCGAUUUUUCAUACAACGAUUGGCAGAAUUCAUCAAGGACUAAGAAAGCGCUUGAAUCAAGCUACCAUUUAGAAAAGCUGAUAGAUAAAGUUGUCACUGAUGGCCACAUUUUGAUUACUACUUAUGUGGGAUUAAGAAUACAUUCGGAUAAGCUACUAAAAGUAAAAUGGCAGUAUGCUGUCCUGGAUGAAGGACACAAAAUCAGAAAUCCAGAUUCUGAUAUCUCAUUAACCUGUAAAAAAUUAAAGACACAUAAUAGGAUUAUUCUUUCAGGAACACCGAUACAGAAUAAUUUAACUGAGCUUUGGUCACUUUUUGAUUUUAUCUUCCCUGGUAAAUUGGGCACCCUGCCCGUGUUUCAACAACAGUUUGUUAUGCCUAUAAAUAUGGGGGGUUAUGCAAAUGCGACAAAUAUACAAGUUCAGACUGGAUAUAAAUGUGCUGUUGCAUUGCGUGAUUUAAUUUCGCCAUAUCUCUUGCGUCGUGUGAAAGCUGAUGUUGCUAAAGAUCUGCCACAAAAGAAGGAAAUGGUUCUCUUUUGUAAGCUCACGAAAUAUCAAAGAAGCAAAUAUUUGGAAUUUUUACAUUCAUCAGAUCUAAAUCAAAUUCAAAGUGGUAAGAGAAAUGUUCUAUUUGGUAUCGACAUUUUAAGAAAAAUAUGUAAUCACCCCGAUUUACUCGACAGAGAGACUAAGAGGCAUGAUUCAAACUACGGAGAUCCUAAAAGAUCCGGAAAAAUGCAAGUUGUUAAACAAUUGCUAUUAUUGUGGCAUAAACAGGGCUAUAAAGCUUUACUUUUUACUCAAUCGAGACAAAUGCUGGAUAUCCUGGAGGAUUUUAUAUCAACGAAGGAUAUUGAUUUUUCAAAUUUAAAGUACUUGCGCAUGGAUGGGACAACGAACAUUAAGCACAGACAAUCAUUGGUGGAUCGGUUUAAUAACGAACCUUUUGAUGUGUUCUUAUUAACCACAAGAGUUGGGGGGCUAGGUGUUAAUUUAACAGGUGCUAAUAGAAUUAUCAUUUUUGAUCCAGACUGGAACCCAUCUACUGAUAUGCAAGCUAGAGAAAGAGCAUGGAGAAUUGGACAGAAGAGAGAGGUGUCGAUAUAUAGGUUGAUGGUAGGAGGAUCUAUAGAGGAGAAAAUUUAUCAUAGGCAAAUAUUCAAACAAUUCUUAACCAAUAGAAUAUUGACUGAUCCUAAGCAGAAAAGAUUCUUUAAAAUUCACGAACUUCAUGAUUUAUUUUCACUUGGUGGAGAGAACGGCUAUUCCACAGAAGAAUUGAGUGAUGAAGUUCAAAAACACACGGAAAAUUUGAAAAACUCCAAAUCACAGGAAAGUGAUGAUUUUGAACAGUUAGUUAGUUUAUCUGGUGUCUCUAAACUGGAAAGUUUUUAUAACGGCAAGGAAAGAAAGGAGAAUGACAAAUCAGAAGACGAUAGAUUAAUUGAAGGGUUACUAGGAGGAGAAAGUAAUUUAGAAACCGUCAUGAGUCAUGAUUCAGUUGUCAAUUCUCAUGCAAGCAGCUCUUCUUCCAAUAUAAUUGCGAAUGAAGCAUCAAGAGUAGCGAAUGAUGCAGUAAAUGCACUGAGGAAAUCGAGGAAAAAAAUUACUAAACAGUAUGAAAUCGGGACACCUACUUGGACAGGAAGAUUUGGUAAAGCAGGUAAAAUUAGAAAAAGAGAGCUUUUGAAAAAUAAAUUAACUGGAUCAGCAGCCAUUUUACAGAAUAUUAGCAAGUCACAAACAGAGGCAUCCAAAGAGGCUCGCCAAGAAAAUCAUGAAGAUGAUAUCGACCUUGUAAAAUCCAAGGAACUUAAUUCUCAUACUAAGAUACUAGAAAAUAUCCAGAAGUAUCUACAAAAACAAGAUAACUUCUUCUCACCUAGUGUCAAUAUAAUAAAUCACGUUGGCGUCAACCUUUCUAACAAAGGAGACGUUAUCAAAGUUAGAGCAUUAUUACGGACUAUAGCGCAAUUUGAUAAAGACCGUAAAGGAUGGGUACUUGAUGAGGAGUUUAGGAAUAACAAUAUAUGA